CUGCGUCUCUCUUUUACCCCUUCCCCCGCUGGGCUGGUGGGAUAAGAAAGAGAGUCUUCUCUCUCAUCUUCCCAAUCAAAUCCUUCCCCCUGAUGCUAAGGAUUAAACCCUUUUCCUGUUUCUUGACCCUUCCUCUUCCUCUUCUUCUUCUUCUUCCCUGACCCAACAAGGGGAAGAAGAAAAUCGUCUUGGAAAUCGACGGUCUUGCCCACAGAGAGAGCUCUCAUCCAUGGACUCCUCCUCAGAUUCCUAUGAGGCCGCCCCACAAGGGUUGAAGGAGAAAGAGUCAAUGGUUGACCCCUUCUUGGUUGAGGCUCUCCAGAAUCCUCGACAUCGUCUCACCAUUUUACGAAUGGAACUUGAUAUCCAGAAGUUUUUGCAUAACCCGGAACAGCAGCUUUUCGAGUUCCAGCAUUUUCCUACAUCAUACCUUCGACUUGCUGCUCACCGUGUUGCUCAACAUUAUGGCCUUCAAACCAUGGUCCAGGACUCUGGCAUAGAUGGUUUUGGAAAUAGGAUCUUGGUUCGUAAAACGUUGGAAAACAGACUCCCUUCUGUGCGUCUAUCUGAAAUACCUGCGAAGCAAUUGGACAAUGAGAAGCAUGAGCAUGUCAAAAUUGUCAUCAGACCUAGACCUAACAAAAUGUCUGAAAUUGCUGCCAAUGAUGGAAGUCUAAAACAAAAUUCUGUCAGAAGUGUGGAAGAGAGAAAGGAGGAAUAUGAUAGGGCACGAGCUCGGAUUUUCAGCUCCCCAAGUAGUCCUGAUUUAGAUGAUACACCGUCUCAAGCCCCAUCUGACGGAAAGUAUGCAUGUUCAAACAGGGAUGAGACUGAAACCAUUAGAACUCUGGUGGGUAGUGAUUUGGAAAAAUUUAAUGGCAGGGAAGGAAUGACUUCUCGGGUUGCCAUUUUCAAAGAUAGGGAAAAGGAUCGUAGUGACCCAGAUUAUGAUCGCAAUUAUGAGAGGUAUAAUAGGAACCUUCCAACCAAUCAAAACUUAAACUUAGCCCCCUUUAUUAUGCAAAAAAUUCAACCUCCAUUUGUACAAUAUGAUUCGGGUUAUUCUCUCAUGGGUCAUAUACCGGGAACUCAAGCUUCAGUUAGCUAUGGGCCUCAUCCUAGUCCUGUUGUAAGCCCUUUCUGCACAGUGGGUUUAAACCAGACAUCUAGAGAUGCAUCUUAUGAGCAGUGGCAGAGUGCUGCAAUGAUGUAUGCCCAUUCCUACAAUCAGCUCAGGCAUUCUGCUUUCCAGGCUCCAUUCUGCCAGCAACCCCUCAGCUUUGACUAUUCUCAAAACCAUUAGAUGAGGAGUUUAGAUGAAGAAUUUACAAUUAGAUUUUGUACUUGUAGGGGUUGCUGUUGAUUCACUGCUUGGAACUCAGUUCUAGUUUGUGCCUCUUUUGUUCUUCAUUUGGAUCUUCUUAUUACAUAAGGAUUUGUAAGGAUUGUGAGGACUUUCUGAUGUCUUUUGGACAAAUUUACAUACACUUGAUGAUGCCAUUACUUGAAUUUCUUCAUCUCAUUCAAUCAUACCCAUUUCAAAUUUCUCUGCUA